CCCGUCCUGUCAGGCGACCAUCUUUCUUUUCUGAUUCGUGCUGUGCUAGAAACGCCCCAAAGGAUAGCAAGAUGCAGUUGCAUAUUCGUGGACUUAACACUCACGUCCUGGACGUCCAGCCCCAGGAAUCCAUCAGCCAGAUCAAGGCCCGCCUGGCCGCGCUCGAGAAUGUCGAAGACGCCGCCCACCUGGUCCUGUCGUGCGAGGGUGCCAUCCUGGCCACCGAUGCCCUGGUGACCGAUCUUUCCUCGGCCGAACUGGAUCUGACCAUCCCACUGCUGGGAGGUAAGGUGCACGGUUCCCUCGCCCGUGCCGGUAAGGUCAAGGGACAAACCCCCAAGGUCGAGAAGAAGGAAAAGAAGAAGAAGAAGACCGGCCGUGCCAAGCGUCGCAUCCAGUACAACCGCAACUUCGCCAACGUGGUGCAGGCCUUCGGACGCCGCCGCGGACCGAACGCCAACUCGACGUAAGUCAUCGAUCAUCAACCAUCGUCUCGGGCCUGUGCUGAGCACAGGCGGAUGAGUGCGGGAAGUGCGGCUGAGCGUGCUGUAAAGUGUUUGAAUUCUGCUGAUAAGAGUUGACAAUGUAAACACGCGACCAUCUGCGUAAGGGAAAUAAACGAAAAUCCUUUAUUAUUUAAGAUGUA